UUUGUAUUCUUUUUAUACUCAAAAGAAGAUUGUUUUAGAGCAAUGAGUGGUGUUAAGGAAGCUUCGUGUAGACUUUGCAUUAAAUCUAUAAUAGGUACAAGUUUUGAAGUGGUAGACAACGUUAUCAGACAUUUUAGAUGUUCUUUUGCUGAAAUUGCUCGACUUAAGAGAAGUGUACAUGCAGGAAAAGAAAAGCGAGAUAGUUUGCAGUCAGAAAAUAUGUCGAUUGUGUAUGCACCCAGUAAAAAGUGAAGUUAGGUGCAUAGGUGAAGAAGAACUUGGAGCCAUCGAGAAAUUGGCUCCUGAAAUGAAUAUAAAUAUCAUCAAAGAUCCCGUUGUGUGUAAAGAAUACUUUGAUUCUGUGUGCACCCACAACAGUUUCCUAAAAAAUUGCUUGGAAGUACAGGAAACAAUUGGAGGUAUUUUUAAUAGCGCAGCAAGGGAAAGUCAGAUAGACACGUCAUCAUCCGAUUUAUUCGUUAAGACUGAAAUCGAGAACGAAGGAUUCGAUAUCAACGAGAUGGAAAUGUCCAUCAAAGCAGAAAGUAUCGACAUCAAAUCAGAAGAAGAGGAAAGCAGGGACUCGUUACUGCAGAGCUCCGCUAGUGAAUCAUUCAUGAAGACUGUCAAAAAUGCAGAAGAGGAUGGAUGUAAACAUGAGAAUAGAUCGACAAACGAAUGUAACACGAAAGUCAAGCAGGACGACAAAGUAUUUUACAAAUGCGAUAGAGGUAUUUACAAAACUGGAAGCGAGAGCCGUUUUAUAGCACACCGUGCGAGACACGAGAACGAUUCGGAAGCAUAUAAAUGUGAAUCGUGUGAGUAUGAAACUGAAAAUAAAAAAUUUUUUCAGAAGCACCAUCUGAGACAUAAAGAUCCUUCGGAAAUGCGUAUGCACCGAUGCGGAUCAUAA